CAUGCCCCAUGGCCAAUAGCCUGAUCGUUUCAUCCUCUCCGGCAGCUCUCAGACUCCACUGGGAUGUGUUCUUAAGUUUUCGUGGAGAAGACACCCGCCACGGCUUCACCAAAAAUCUCUACGAUUCAUUAAGCAAACAAGACUUCAGAGUCUUCUUAGAUGACUCUGGAAUGACUCAGGGAGCUGAGAUUGCUCCUCCUCUGAUGGAGGCCAUUGAAGAUUCAGCCUUAUCGAUCAUUAUUCUUUCACCAAGGUAUGCCAACUCUCAUUGGUGUCUUGAGGAGCUAGCUAGAAUAUGCGAGCUGAGGAGGCUGAUCCUGCCUGUGUUCUACCAAGUUGAUCCAUCCCAUGUUAGGAGACAGAAGGGUCAUCUAGAACAAGAUUUUAUGAAUCACAUGGAGAGGUUUGGGGAGGAGAAGGUGGGCAAGUGGAGAGAAGCCAUGUAUAAAGUUGGUGGUAUCUCUGGUUUCGUUUAUGACACCAGAUCAGAAGAUCAGUUGAUUCGGCGUUUGGGGAAUAGGGUUAUGACAGAAUUGAGAAAAACCCCGGUGGGUAUAGCUACUUAUACCGUUGGACUGGAUUCCCGUGUAGAAGACUUCAAGAAGAGGUUCAUAGAUGAUAAAUCAAAUCGCGUUCAAGUUCUGGGACUUCAUGGUAUGGGCGGGAUUGGUAAAACAACUCUUGCCACAGCUCUCUUCAAUAAACUUGUUGGUCAUUUUGAGAGUCGUAGUUUCAUCUUGAACGUUAAAGAUAUUUCUAAAGAAGAUGGUGGUCUAGUAAAACUGCAGAACAAACUUCUUGGUGAUCUUUCCCCAAAUAGGCCUCUUGUAAAUAAUAUUAAUAAAGGUAUUGACGUAAUCAAAAUGCUGGUUCAUGAGAAGCGGGUACUAAUUGUCUUAGAUGAUGUGGAUGAUGUAAGCCAACUGAAUGCACUAGCAGGGAAUAGAAGCUGGUUCGGUGAAGGAAGUCGAGUUAUUGUUACAACAAGAAACAAAGAUGUUCUAGCUGAACACCUUGUCAAUGAAUUUUACGACGUUAGAGAGUUAGGUUACCCGGAAGCCUUACAACUUUUUAGUUAUCAUGCACUCAGAAAAGAUAAACCCACAGAAGAAUACUUGAAUAUAUCCAAGGAGAUUGUGUCACUCACAGGAGGACUGCCUCUGGCUUUGGAAGUGUUUGGUUCUACUUUGUUUAAUGAGAGAGGGUUGGAUAGAUGGGAAGAUGCCCUGAAAAAACUGCAACGAAUAAGGCCACAUAAUCUUCAGGAUGUGUUGCAAAUAAGUCAUGAUGAGUUGGAUGAAGAUGAAAAGCAUGUCUUCCUUGAUAUUGCUUGCUUAUUUAUUAAAAUGGGAAUGAAAAGAGAGGAAGCAAUUGAUAUUUUGAAGGGUUGUGGCUUUAGUGCUGAGACAGUCAUCACAGUUCUGACAUCAAAAUGUCUCAUUAAGAUUCGUGAAGAUGAUGAAUUAUGGAUGCAUGAUCAACUCAGAGACAUGGGAAGACAAAUUGUUCAACAUGAAAACCUUGCAGAUCCCGGAGGGCGUAGUAGGCUAUGGGAUCGCGGUGAAAUCAUGUCAACGCUGAUGCGCAAGAAGGGAACAGAAAUUGUACAAGGUAUAGUUAUGGACUUUGAAAAGAAGAAAUGUACGGGAACUCGACGGAUUGAAAAGUGUAAGAUUUUUCUUCGGCAAGGACAAGAGGAUGGAGAUAUGAUACUUGACACUGAAGGCUUGAAAUCAAUGGUUAAUCUGAGACUGCUGCAAAUCAAUCAUGCAAAACUGCAAGGGAAGUUCAAGAAUUUUCCUGCUGGCCUGAAGUGGCUUCAGUGGAAAAAUUGUCCAAUGAAAAAUCUUCCUUCUGAUUAUGCUCUUCAUGAGCUAGCUGUGCUUGAUCUUUCAGAGAGUAGAAUUGAACGAGUUUGGGGUUGGACCAGUAACAAGGUGGCCAAGAACUUGAUGGUUAUGGAUCUUCACCGUUGCUAUAAUCUUGUGGCUUGUCCUGAUUUAUCUGGAUGUAAAAACUUGGAAAAACUUAAUCUCCAGGGUUGCGUUCGGCUAACUAAGGUUCACAAAUCAGUGGGGAAUGCAAGGACAUUACUUCAGUUGAACUUGAAUGAUUGCUCAAACCUUGUUGAAUUUCCAAGUGAUGUGUCUGGGCUAAAAGUUCUUCAGAACCUCAAUCUCUCUAACUGUCCAAAGUUAAAAGAAUUGCCACAGGAAAUAGGCAGCAUGUAUUCCUUAAAACAACUUCUUGUUGAUCAAACUGCUAUAUCAGUGCUGCCCGAAUCUAUUUUCCGCCUUACAAAACUGGAGAAGCUUAGUUUAAAUGGAUGCCAAUUCAUAAAAAGGCUGCCAAAACACUUGGGAAACCUGAUUUCUCUGAAGGAACUUUCUCUCAAUCAAUCUGCAGUAGAAGAACUCCCUGAUUCUGUCGGAUCUUUGUCAAACCUUGAGAAACUAAGUUUGAUGUGGUGUCAAUCACUUACUGCGAUUCCUGAAUCUGUUGGCAAUCUCCAGUUAUUGACCGAAGUUUCCAUCAAUAGGAGUGCAAUCAAGGAAUUACCUCCUGCAAUCGGUUCAUUACCUUAUUUAAAAACAUUAUUAGCUGGAGGGUGUGGUUUCCUGAGCAAAUUACCUGAUUCCAUUGGAGGACUAGCUUCUAUCAGCGAACUUGAGCUAGAUGAGACAUCAAUCUCACAUCUUCCUGAGCAGAUUGGUGGUUUGAAAAUGAUUGAGAAGCUUUACAUGAGGAAGUGUACAUCUCUUAGAUCUUUGCCAGAAUCAAUUGGGAGCAUGUUGAGUCUUACUACCUUAAACUUGUUUGGUUGUAAUAUUAAUGAGUUGCCUGAAUCCUUUGGGAUGCUGGAAAACCUUGUGAUGUUGAGAUUACAUCAGUGUAGAAAGCUCCAAAAGCUUCCAGUUUCUAUUGGGAAGUUGAAGUCUUUAUGCCACUUGUUAAUGGAGAAGACAGCUGUUACAGUACUACCUGAAAGUUUUGGAAAGCUCUCUAGCUUAAUGAUAUUGAAAAUGCGAAAAGAGCCACUUGAAUCUCCCAGCACACAGGAGCACUCGGUUGUCCUCCCAAGUUCCUUCUUCGAGCUAUCCUUUCUAGAAGAACUAAAUGCCCGUGCUUGGAGAAUAUCAGGUAAAAUUCCUGAUGAUUUUGAGAAACUGUCAUCAUUAGAGAUCGUGGAUCUUGGCCAUAACAAUUUCAGCAGUCUUCCUUCUAGUUUAUGUGGCCUUUCUCUUCUAAGGGAGCUUCACUUGCCCCACUGCGAAGAACUUGAGUCUCUCCCUCCGCUUCCCUCAAGCUUAGAAGAAGUGGAUGUUUCCAACUGCUUUGCAUUGGAAACUAUGUCGGAUGUUUCAAACUUGGGAAGCUUAACGUUGCUGAACAUGACAAAUUGCGAGAAAGUGGUGGAUAUUCCUGGCAUUGAAUGCUUGAAAUCCUUGAAACGGUUAUAUAUGAGCAAUUGCAAGGCAUGCUCCUUGAAAGUAAAGAGAAGGCUAUCCAAGGUUUGCUUGAGGAAUAUACGCAACCUAAGCAUGCCUGGGAGCAAAAUCCCAGAUUGGUUUUCUCAAGAAGACGUAAAAUUUUCAGAGCGAAGAAACCGUGAAAUCAAAGCUGUGAUUAUAGGUGUCGUUGUCUCUCUCGACCGUCAGAUACCAGAGCAGUUGAGAUAUUUCCCAGUUGUACCAGACAUUCAGGUCAAUCUACUGGAUCAGAAUAAACCUAUUUUCAGCACCACAUUGUACUUAAAGGGAAUACCAAAGACUCAUGAAGAUCAAAUCCACUUAUGUCGAUAUUCACAUUUCAAUCCGUUGGUUUUAAUGUUGAAAGAUGGCUCUGAGAUACAGGUAAGAAAGCGAAAACCACCUGUGAUUGAAGGGGUGGAGCUGAAGAAAUGUGGGAUUCAUUUGGUUUUUGAAAAUGACGAUGAUUAUGGUGGAAAUGAAGAAUCCUUGGAUGAAAGUCAGCAAUCUGUAUCACAAAAACUGGCCAAUUUUUUCAAUUCAUAAGAGGAAGAUAGCCAAGUUUGUUGAAGUUGAAAAACAAAGUGAAGAUAUUGAAGCAUUUCGAAGAUCUUCUAAAUGAUAUAGCAGUUCAUCAAGUAUGGCUUGGAGGAUGCUGGACAGGUCCUGGUUACGUACUGGGAGACAAGUUAUAAAGCCAAGAGAGCUUCUCUGCUUGUUGUCUAUUUUAUUUGUGGCUGGAUUGGGGAGCAUAUCACAAUCAUUAUCGGCAUAGAAUGCUGAUUUCCUCGGGAAUUAGUUUAUGGAUUAUAUGUGUUUGUUGUCCAUGCUGAUCUUAUUUUAUUAUCUUAUUUAAUUUCAUUUAUGUUUUAUAUGGUCGACGAAAAAGUAAUUGAGUGCAAAUUUCUCCUUCCAGUUUUAAACUAUUUUAUAAAACAACAUAUUUAUUUAUUGAUAUUUGUUUAAUGUAAGUGUUUUUUUUAUUUAUUUA